UGUUCGCGCGUUGUGUUGUUUUUCGAUUGUCUUCGUACGAUGGGACGUAAAACCAAGAAGCAACUGUUAGGUUUUCCUGGAGGAAAGCGUAAAGUAGUGACAGAGGAGCGUGGAGACGACGAACAGCGCCGUGAGUCGGCGUCUUUCCGGAAGCUUCAAGGAUCUACGCUGCCACAGCCGACAGAGUACGUAGAUGGAAGAGCAACGGGCUAUCGUAUGAUAGAUCUUGGUUGCCUGCAAGCGUACAUUUUGACCAUCCUUGGUGUGACUUGUUUCCACUGCAACUCGCACGCCUUAGUUCUCGAGGAAGAAGAAAGCAAGCGACAAGGUUGGAUGUCUUCCCUCAGGCUCAGGUGCUUGUCCUGUUGUUGGGUCGGGAAUAGUUUUGGUACUUCACCAAGAAGACAAGGGAUGGAGGCAGGAGGUAAGAGUUAUGACGUGAAUAGGAGAGCAGUCUUCGCGUCACUAGUUAUGGGGGAGUCCAGCAGCGGUUUACAACAGUUCUGUGCAGUAAUGGGCAUGCCACCACCAUCCAAGCAGGCGUCAUGGGAUAUGCACAUGAAAAAGAUUGGAGAGACAUUACAGCAGACAUCAGAGGAGAGUAUUCAGAGGGCAGUGGACGAGAUAAGGACAAAGCAUGGGCAUGAAUUGCAGGAAGAUGAGAUCACCGAUGAAGCAGUGAGCUUUGAUGGUACAUGGGCCAAGCGUGGACACUCUUCUUUGUUUGGUGUGCAAGUGGCAAUUCAUAUGGAUAGUGGAAAGGUACUAGACACACAAGUACAUUCUAAGCUGUGUCUGAUUUGUAGAAAGAAAGAAGAGGAGUUUCCAGACCAAACCUCAGACGAAUAUCUGGCUUGGAAGGAAACUCAUGCACCAGUCUGCACAAAGAACACAAAGUUGUCAUCGAAUGCAAUGGAGGCGCAAGGUGCCAAAGAGAUAUGGUGUCGUUCAAUGGAAAAGAACAGGAUGCGAUACACCACAUUUGUCGGUGAUGGUGAUAGCAAAGCGUGGAAGAGUGUGUGUGAUGAAAAGCCAUAUGGAGAUGUUGAAAUCAGAAAGGCAGAUUGCAUUGGACACGUGCAGAAAAGGAUGGGUUCACAACUGAGAGAUUGGAAAAAUCAGGCACCAAAGAAGUUGGAGGAUGGGCAGGCACCAGGAGGCAAGCUGACAGUUCAGGUGAUUGAUGAAUUUCAAAGGUACUAUGGUAUGGCAAUUAGAAACAACUUGCAGGAUGUCUCAGCAAUGUCAGCAGCAACAAAAGCCAUACUCUACCAUUCCACCAUACCUUUCCAGCAAGGUGAACCAGAAGCUUGGCCUGGCAGACAAAAGGGAAGGAAGAUAAAGAAAGUGAAGGGUUCAGCGAUGAGUGAAGCACAGUGGGAGACGAAGGAAGCAAAGAGAUUAGAAGACGAGAGACACAGGCAUCAGUUGUGUCAUGUGACGACAAGGGAGCAGCACCAAUACUGUCCUGAAGGUGAAGAAUCGUGGUGUGGGUGGCAGAAGGACCAAGCAGUGGGUACAUCGGAUUAUGAAGAGAAAGGCUUGCCUCAUGUUUUCUUUGACGAACUGAAGCCAACUUUUGACAAACUGGCAGACGAGAAGUUGCUAGCAAGAUGUAAGGAUGGUUAUACACAGAACCAGAACGAGUCAUUUAAUGGAAUGAUCUGGAAUCAUGUGCCGAAGCAUAAGUUUUAUGGUUACAGAACGAUAAAGGCAGCAGUAAAUAUGACUACUGCCUACUUCAAUGACGGAGCUGGAUCAUAUGCUAGCACAAUGACUGCAAUGGGCAUACCUCCAAACAAAAUCAGUCUAAUCGCCAUGCAGAAGAUGGACCAAGAUCGGAUAGAGCAUGCUGAGAGGUGCAAAAAAGAGGAAACUAAAGCUAGAAGAGUUGAACUGAGAAGAAAGAAAGCUAAGAGAGCAGACACAGAAAAGAGACAAGAGGGCACUACAUAUAAAGCAGGUGGUUUUGGUGAUGAUAUGGAACCACCACCAAAAGUUGCAAGGACAACUGGCAAAAUACCAAGCAGAGGCAGAAGGAAGAUUCAGCCGGCUGCUCCUGUUUCCUGCAGAGAACCCCCACAACAAGCAAGUGAUGCUCCCAUUCCACCCACAGCAGUGGAUGCCGUCGGCCCAUCAAGUCACUUCAUUGCUAGGACCCCCCUUGGUGAGCUAAGUGUUGGCUCAUCAAGACGGCCACAGGCACCGGAGCGACCCGAUGAGCUCGCAACGUCCACUGCUGUGGAUGAAGUGGGGACACCAGGUGCUCAUGGUGAGGACUCCCUGCAGGAAACAGGGCCAUCUACACGUCCCAGGAGAUCAGCACAAAAAGGAAGACAUACCGACUACCUAUUCUAUGGUGACUAUCAUAUAGCAAGUAGUGAUGUGGAUCAACCAAACUAUGGUUCUGACACAGACACUGAGUAAUUUGUAUUGUACACAUAAUUGCUAAUAAAGGUUCACUGCAAGGUUGGUACUUCUAAUGAGGACCUUCCUUUCUAGGCCCAGACUCAUAUUAUACAAUAGUUUAUUGUCUUCUGUAACAGGCCAGAUGUCAUCUGCAACAGUUAGCUACAUUACAACGAGUAAAACACUCAGUAAGACUGCGUAUGAGAGCCAACCUGAUGGCUGACCUUCACUAUCACCGUCAAGCUAUCAAUAUGUAUUAGAAAAGUUGUCGUCAACCGUGGGAGACGUUCUUACACGUUUCUCUGAUGGUUUCCAUGUACGAAGAAAUUACGAUUCCAUUUUUCCAGCGACGAGAGAACUCUGCCUCCGUAGGGAAGCUUUCACUUCCAUUGUUCUCAAGAUGGCAACUUCCGUCAACGUCCC